UUCCCCUUCCACACAAUAUCCACGCACCCGUGUCGUUGUCGUUUUUCGCCGUACCCAAUGAAUAAUAAAAAAAGACGGCGAUAUUAAAAAUAGAGCUAAAAAGUAGUUUGAUUUUGUUUAUCGGGUUGUAAUCAUCCCUCGUCACGGCUAUUAUAUCAUUAUCUUACCGCUCAUUUUUUUCUAUUGGUUUUCUUCGACUACAGUCAUCGCCGCCUUUGUCAAUUGUCAUCACCAUCGCAGCUGCCGCUACCACUGCCACCACCGUUUUCUACGAUCACUACAAUGUUAUUGUAAUUUGUUCGCGCUCGAAACCCGUUGAUUUCACUAUCGCAUACGCACGCUGUGAUAUCCAUUUAGUUUAUCAAAAUCAUCGUCCGCUAUUAUAACAGUAAUAAAACUAAUAAUAUUAGGUUCAUAGACGUUUUGUUGUUUUAAUAACGAGGACGUAGACCAUUGUCAACGCCGACGGUUUUUUCCUCAUUGUUCGCGAGCAAAGAUUCUCGUUAUCUUGCACAUCGUAACAUAUGAUAACGGACAAACGAUUGUCGUUCGUUUCGUCAUACGCGAGCGAGAUGUCCGAAAAUUGUAACACGACGGUUAAGCCCUCAAGGAAUUCGGUCUAAAACUAAUAUACUACAACAACGAUACUCAUUUUUCACUGUCACCGGUACGCUGUAAAUGUUCACUGGUACAUAAUCUUUCGAUAUGGGGAAGCUGCUUUCCAAAAUUUUUGGUAACAAAGAGAUGAGAAUACUUAUGCUUGGUUUGGAUGCAGCUGGAAAAACUACUAUUUUAUAUAAACUCAAAUUAGGUCAAUCCGUAACAACUAUACCAACAGUUGGCUUUAAUGUGGAGACAGUAAUAUAUAAGAAUGUCAAAAUUAAUGUUUGGGAUGUUGGGGGUCAAGACAAAAUACGACCAUUAUGGCGACACUACUAUACAGGAACACAAGGGUUAAUCUUUGUAGUAGAUUGUGCUGACCGUGAUCGUAUUGAUGAAGCUAAACAAGAACUACAUCGGAUAAUAAAUGAUAGAGAAAUGAGAGAUGCUAUUAUUCUAAUUUUUGCCAAUAAACAAGAUUUGACCAAUGCGAUGAAACCACAUGAAAUACAAGAAAAACUAGGACUGACAAGAAUACGGGAUAGAAAUUGGUAUGUUCAACCAUCAUGUGCUACCACUGGAGAUGGAUUACACGAAGGCCUUGCUUGGCUUACAUCAAAUUUUAAACAAUGAUACUAAAGUAUAAUAAAUAAUACUUUGUACAUUAUUAUUCAAUUUAAAAAAAGCUUAGGACUAAAAGGAAUUCCAUUUGUACAAAAGUGUACUUGAUUCAUUAAAUGUAAAAAUGAACAUCGAUAUAUAAAUUAAGGUGUUCAUUUUGAAGAAAAAAAAACUUUCUCUUUAUGAGAACUGGCCUGUUAAAAUACUGAAUUAUUCACAAUUUUUCUUAACAUUAUAAAGUGUACUGAACAAAA